UAGAGCGCCAUCACACAUAGUGUGAAUGCACACGUUCUUGUAUGAUCUUCAGAGAGAACCAAAGGAACUUGAAGCGUGCGUGUUCGGCUUUCAUGGACAUGUGAAGAAAAAUGAGUGUUUCAUAAAUAAGUGAAUAUACGAAUGAUUUUUAGAAGUAUAGGAGUUAAUGAAAGAUAUCCAUAAAGAUUUGAAAAACGAUGGGAGACCAAGUACAGGAUGCACUUCUCUCUGGGACCGAGUUGAAAGAGUUGGAGGGUGAAGCUGAAGAUCAUUUCAAUAAUAAAGAGUUUGAGAAAGCUGUCCAGAAAUAUGGUAGUAUUUUAGCUGGAAGGGGCUCAGAAAAUGUCACUACACUGCUAAAAAGAGCAGAAUGCUACAUGAAUCUUAAACUGUAUCAAAAUGCGCAUUCCGAUGCAAAGCAUGCGUUGAGUAUGGAACCAAAAAACCUUGACGUCAUAAUAAUGUGCGGCCAAGCUUGCAUUGAGCUUCUCCUUUUUGAAGAAGCUUUAAAUUACUUUCAAGAUGGCUUAAAAAUAGACGCUAAAAACAAGACCAUAACUACAAGCUUGAAAACACUUCACCAGAAAAUUGUAAAAGAUUUUACUAUCAAGGGCAGGGUAGAAGAACAAACCUACAACGCUCUCAAAUUCUGUUCUCAAGAUCCUUACCCCGGCGAUAGUGAUAUACUGAAUCAGGAGUACGAAAUAUUGUCCAGUAAAUAUCACAUACCCGGAGAGGAAAAAAUCUUGGCUUACAACCAGCAAGAAGCGGCAUGGCAUGCUACACAGGCAUUUCGUAUACGAGGAAAGAGUUUGUCACAAGCUAUCGCAGAAUGUUCCAUAGCUGUCAGUAAAGACCCCACCAACAUUGUAUAUCGACAGCUUAGAGGAGAUAUGUGGUUAGAAAAAGACGAACCGUUGAAAGCUCUUUCUGACUUCUGGGUGAUACCGAAAGGUCAAAGAGGUUAUGAUGUGUGGAAAGUUGGAGGUACUAUACUGCGAACCAUUGACUUGCCUAUCUCUGCUGAAUUCUGGUUCCGCAAAGCAACAAAAUUAAGUCCACCAAACGACGAAGAAGCUGCCACCCUGUUUCAACAAGUACGAGUUGAACGUUUGUACGGUCCACUGACAACCGACUUCCCAGUAAAAGUUGAGUUUCGACAGUUUGGACGAGGGUUGUAUGCUAAAGAAGAUAUCAAAGAAGGAGAUCUGGCGUUCGUGGAUAGUCCUGUUGUUAAAGCUCAGGUCAUUCGUUCAAAUCAUGAAAUCACAGCAUGCAACCAUUGUGCUAGAUCUCUUUUAACGGCAGCUGAAUAUUUUGGGGAUAUGUUAAAGGACAUGAAAUCUGAUGAACGAGAGUUAGUUGAUCGCUAUUGGCCGAACGUAACUCCCAUAUACUGUGAGGACUGUAAGAAAGUGAAGUAUUGUAGUGAUGAUUGUCGAUUGGAAGCUUAUGACUUGUAUCAUCAAAUUAUCUGUCCUAAAAAGAACCCAGCCUCAAUCGAAAUAUACGAUCUCAUAGAUAACGAUGGUUGGGGUUGCAGAGCAGAUGGAAGUCGAGGAGAAAUCUGGGCUGGCCAUUACAGUAUAUUGAUUCUAUCAAACAUCUGGGCCAGCAUCAUCGUAGAGGCCAAGCGUCUGAUGUUCAAAGAUGGACUUUCCACACCCACCACUGAACACUGGGCACGGGCUAAAGCCCCGUAUAGAAGGUUUAUAGCCUAUGGGACUACUUCUGUCACAAAGCGCAUGCCGGAUAUGCUUCCGGUUUUCCAAAGAGUGUUUAAGCAAUGUGGCGAUGGCGUCAGCUUUGAUGUCACAGCGGAAGAAUUUAAUGGCCGCUACUACCAAGCCACCUGCAACUUACAGGAAUUUUCAGCACGCACUACUCCAUAUCAUAUUUUCAUGACAAACCUUUCCAUGGAUGAAAGCAUGAGGGGUUUAAAGAUGGUUAAAUAUUUGGAAAAAGCUUCACCGUACGCAAGUUUUUGUGGGAUGUUUCCCUUGCAUGCUUGCCUCAAUCAUUCAUGCUGUAAUAAUGUCGAAAUCAGAGACGGCGAUUGCGGCGACAGACCGGGCGUUCAUGUUGUAGCCAAAAAGUUCAUCAAAGCUGGAGAAGAACUCUUCACAACUUACAUAGACUCUAAGCUGAGACGUAACCUCAGACGCGCGUGGCUUUAUAAGUCAUUCAAUUUCUGGUGCUUGUGUCCACGAUGUAAAUUUGAAGGUGAUGACAGCAACGUGUGUACAAACUGUAAUGUUGAAGCUGAAGAAGACAAACAGUUUCCUGGGUGUAGUAAAUGUAAAAGGGCUUGGUACUGUUCUGUUAAAUGCCAGAAAGAUUCCUGGAAGCGUGGUCAUAAAGCUAUUUGCAACUAUGGGCAUUCGGACGUUGCAGGAAGUAUCUUGCCAGUACCAUGGGUAGACAACAAAUACAUUUAAAUCUUUACCGUUUAUAUUGAAAAACUUUAUUUUAUAGAAGAACAAUCACAGGGGUUGGCCGUGUUAUUUUUUUUUAAUGUGUGUAUAUUUUAAUGUGCAUCUAGGAAGUAGACUUCCAAGCUUAUCAUGUGUUGAGGGGUCUUUCCCAAGAGGCCUUUUAAGAAAGGUAGAUUUUAUCAUAAAAGGUCAAAUAUAUGCGUCACCAGAAACGUCUCAACUCUGCUCCAAAAUACUUUUCAUAUACCGAAAAACAUCGUCGGACUACAAACUAUUUCCUUAUUUCUAAUUUUUUAAGCCCAUAUAGUUUUGAUACCGACCUUCAUGCUGCAGUAUCGAAUCUGCGACAGUUCUUUGAUUUGCUUUAAUAAAGUAAAGUAUUUAUGGCAAUUACUUACAAUUAUUCUUAACAAGCAGGAUUUAUGUACUCGUGGUUGAAAUUUGAAUUCCUUCACCUAUUUCUUGGUUUAAAUGGCCCCGUAUGGUGAUUAAAUUGUUAUUUAAAGCUCGGCGGAAAACGACGAAUAUUAUAUCAUAUGGUAUCUGAUUAUUAACAUUAUCAACAGAGGGUAGGUAUCAGGAUGUGAGAGCAGCAUUUGAAGGUUUUCCCAGAAUGAUAUUCCCUCUUAAUGUUGAGUUUUCUACACUUUAUCCCUAGACUACCUCCCAGUGUAAUUUUGCUCAUAUAGUCUAUUUAUACAGUUUUACCACUUCUUAUUUAUAUAGAAACAUACAUGUAUUUAUUAUCGUUGUUAAUAUUUAAUAUUUUACCAGAAAUUUUAAAACAUAACAUUGUGUUUGGUAUAGUCAGAACGAUUUAAUUAUUAUGGUACGAUUGUUAUUUCUCUUUGAUACGAAAUGUAAAAAAACAAGGUUUGUUCUUUUCAUGUGUGUGGAUUUUGUCCAGAAUCGUUAAAAGGCUAGAGAAUGGUACACAAGGCGCAUGGAUAAUGUACGUGUGUACGAUUACACAUGUCAAAGCGCAAUAUAAAGCUUGUGAAAGGUUAAUAUUAACGAUUCUCUGUGACAAUUUCCGUUUUAUAGCUCAAUAUAAUAGAAUACAUAGGUUAUGUGAUACCCGUCAUACCUGCCUCACAAUUCUAGUUUGUAUACCUUUUUCAAAAAAACAACACAGCGAAUAUCCAUAAUCAUCUUGUUUUAUUGAUCUUGUUGUUUUUAAAUAUUACAUAGAUCUAGAGUUAUUUUUAAAUGAUUAUUUAAUAAUAUAAUUCUAAAUUUAUUGUAUUGUGUUUAUGAAAACUGUAUAUAGGCCUUGGUUAAUGAGGUAGAUUUUAUCGAUCGCGUGGAUUAUGAGUUGUUUUAUGAUUUUAUAUGUUCAGAGUGAAAUGUAGUUGUAUAUUUUACAAAAUAAACAACCGAAACCAUGACACUUUUGAAAGUAAAGUAGUAAGCCAUAUAAUAUACACAUAACAGUAGGCAUAAUACUAAUAAGUAAAUUGGAGAAAAUAUAGAAUUAAAUAACAAAAUAUCAAAUAUAAUUAUAGCAAGUGAAAGGUUAUGAAUUUCUGAAAUGAAAUGGGGUUUAACGUCUUACUUUUCUACUACCAACUGUAAGGUUUAUGCAAUGAAAAAAAACCAGUUAGUGAAAAGAACCGAAGCGACGGUUAACCCAGUUGUUAAAAGAUAUGUGUCGUCAGUAUAGGGGUAUUGAUAUGGUAUCUCCGAGUCCCAUCCAUAAUGAACCGAGACAAACCGGGAAUCGUUACAAAGACCGGGCGAUAAAUCUGUUAACGAUGCAUUAUGUAAGAUUAGAUUUAGAUAAAGAGUUGACAGUUCUCGCUAUAAUAGUUUAAAAAUAGAUAAUGAAAAGGGAAUAUAUUGAAAGUUUGAGUCAAAUUACUUUAUUCUGAGCGAAGUUAUGAAUGAUUGCUACCAUUGUUACGAUAAUAAACAAAAUGUCAAUAAUCCAUUUUCAAAUUAAAUUAUUAAAUGGCGAUCUUGUUUCAAUCCAUUUUAUAUCACCACCAUCCGAUGGUCUCGAGAGUUGAUUAUGGGCUUGUCAUAUUAAUAAAUGUCUAAUUAAUCAUUUAGAUAACAGUUGAGGCCAAAAGAAAGAUCUACAACUCUUACAUACUGGAUCUUUAAAGAGUGUAUGUUUAUAUUUCCUGUAGUUCACCUUUAUAUAUGAGCAGAGAUUUGAAAAUUACCCUGUUCGCUAGGUGUGUUGAUUUAAUUUCCCUCCUCCUUUAGUCUACCUCGUUUUACAUUCCCCACUUUUGUGUUUUAGUACAAUUUAUUUAAUAAUUUAUUACAGAUCCUGUUUCCUUCAUACUAAUUUUGGAUCAUAGUAUGAUUCAUUUUUGAUGUGAUCUAAUAGUUUAAUAUACCGUAUACUUACAGUAAAUGUCAUAUGAUGGCAAUGUUUUAUUUACAUUUAUGACCAUACAUUAUCAUCUAUGGUUAUAUAUUUCUAUAUAUUAAAUUAUUAUAAGCCUCGAUCCAAAAAUCUAUAUCACUUUAUUUCCAAGUUAAAGUAUAAGUCAUACUAAUUUAUUAUGUAAUAUGUAGUAAUUGAUUACCAUAAUUAAUUUGUAGUAAUUUAUUAUUAGCAUUCCAGAAAUCCUGCCUGUGUAUGUGUGAGUGUGUUGUGAAACCAAUAUAGAUACAGCAUGGUAUUAACUGUUGAUUUAUAAACACAAAUUUCAUAUUAUCCUAAAUAAAUCCGUUGUAGAAUCUA